GAGAGUAAAGCAUCUGACAAAUAAGUACAAAAAGUACACAAACAAUACAAAUAGACUUAUUAAUAUACAUACACGGUCGAAACUUAUCUCUUUCUAAUGCUGUAAUUUAAAGUAUAAAGAUUGUUAACGGUAAAGACAUAUAUAUAUUUACGAAUGAUACUCGAAUGAUAAAUUAAAAACACUUCGAUGACAUUAUUGUGUCCACAAAUGGCUCGAUCGCUAGAUGUGAUAAUGAUGAGUGAUGCCGGUACUCGACAGUCUAGUUUAUUGAAAACACGUGGUGAAAACGCAACUUCCUCGAUGGAGAGUACCGGUAACGAUAAGCAAAACGAGUCGGACGAGUGUGACGUGAACGGGGAUAAUAAAAAGCGAGACGGCAACGACGACGACGACGACGACGACGACGACGACAACGACGACGACGACGACGACGACGACGACGACGACGACAACGACGACGACGACGACGACGACAACGACAACGACGAAGACGAGGACGUCGUCGACGACGACGACGACGACGAAGACGAAGACGCCGACGACGACGACGACGAGGAAUCGACGAAGCAGAGGGACGUCAAUCGGAAGAUGAAGGCAGAGGGCAAACGCGAGUCUUUAGAAAAUAUGAAUUUGAAAAACGAGAUGAAUACGCUGAAGAAAACUUUGUCGGCCGACGAAGAGGACGAGAAGAGCAAGGAAUCAGCCGACGAAGAGGAGCGCAAGGAAACGCAGACGAGCAGUGAAAAAAAGGAGCAAGAGUCGUCUAGCGAUAGCACGUCCACCAGCAUCUCCGACGACGAGUCCGAGACAAGUUCGGAAGACAAGACGGAGCCGUCGAAGCCGGAAACGGCCAACACGGCGCAAGUGGACACGAUGAAAGAAGAAUCGAAGGAAAGCGCGGCCAAGAACGAAGACACCACGGACGAUAGUGACAUCGAGGAUGAUCUGAUUUCGGCAAUCAAUUACAAUACCAUCACCUCUCUCGCGGCACUCAAGGAUAUGUUACAGUCCUCCGGGGAGGAUUCCGAUGGCGUGGACAGUUUCUUUCAUCAUUAUUUCCUGUCACACGUCAACCGACUACCAUCGAGGAAUCAGACACACAGCCCGUAUCCCUGGGGUAGAAGAUUGUCGGAAUGCCGUGAAGAAGAUGAAUACGAGACUGAGGAAGGAAAAAACACCGAUAGCCCGAGCGUCGACAACAAGAAAGACGCAUCGACGACCGAAAAGAGCGAAAAAGCCGACAGCGUCUCUUCCAAGACGUCGAAGGCAUCGAGCCCGUCGUCCUCGGAAAAUUCCAGCUCUGAGAAGAUCGACGAAAAGUCCUUUCCAACGUCCAGUGUUUCGGACGCAAAACCAUCGUCACCAUUAUUAACGACGACGACGACGACUACUACUACGACGACGACAAUAACGACGAUGACGUCGCCGACGGCAACGACGACGACGACGACGACGACGACGACGACGUCGACAUCGACGUCGACAACAGGCACUAUCACCUCGAUAACGAUGACAACAACGACGACCACGGCGGCGACGACGACGACAGCGGUGGCCACGACGUCGACCUCCGGUAGAUUUACGACGUCGACGGUAACAUCACCAACUUCUACGACAAAGCCUCCUCUUCGGAGAAGACACACCACUGGCCCAGGCAUGACUUUUCCCGCUACGGAUCCUCCUUCGUAUUCCACUAGUAUGACCUUUUCGAGAACCAGCCCGUUACCGAGCCCACAUCUCGACAAAAGAUUCUUCGACAGCAGUUUGAUCGAAAUGAAGAGUCAAGCGAGUAGUACCAGCACUCUUGAUUACGACUCUACGGAGGAAGUGUGGAUACGCAGAGUGGAUUUCGUGCAGGAGAGAAAACGGCGAGAACUUGGUUCACAACCACUUCCAACGAUCGUGACUGAGGAUGCGGAUAAUUCCGGCCAUGCAUCUCAAGGCCACAGGCCACGAGCAGAUACAUGGGGCUCGCACUCGAAAACGAUCAAAAAGUCGAGUUAUGGAAGCGCACCUAGUUCUGGAAAAUCGACACCCCUUCCGCAACCGACUGAAGCGUCGAGCUCGUCCAGUUCUGGCAAGAGCGGUCGAAAGACUUCUGGUACUCGGUCCGGUUCCACCAGCCGUAGCAAUAGCCGUAGUAAUAGCACGGAACGUAGAAGAAGCAGUGGUGCUACAGACGACACCGCCAGUCCUACGAGAAAGCCGGCGCUCUUUGAUGCUUUCAGGCCGAGAAGCAAAUCGGACGCUAGCAAGAGAAAACCUAGUAUUAUAGCUAAUAUGAAAAGUGCCGUUCAGCAUUCCUUACAUAGAGGAUCGCACGGGAGCUCGUCGAUAGAUGUACAUACAGAGAAAGAAUAUCAUCGAGAUAGUCAGAAGGAACAAAAGGAAAAUAAGGAACAAGGAAGUGGAAGGCCUAGAGCUGGAUCCGAAAGUAGUAGAAAUCCUGUUAGCAAAGUCAUGGAUCUUAUCAGGCACAGGAGUCACAGUGCCUUGAGCGCAGAGGAUAAACGAAAAGCUAGAGCGGCAGUACAACAUCAGACACAAAUAACAUCACAGAGUGCGCUAAGAAGAAGUUCAUUGGAUCCAACAGCACGAAGAUUGUCUCUUGGAGCACCUGCAAUACCUCACAGAGCGUCCGAUGCUUGCCUGGAUCCGGUUCACGCUGCCAUACUCUUCAGGGAUGCUCGAGGGCUACCAGUGGUGGAUCCCUUCCUGGAGAAAGUCUCACUCUCCGAUCUUGAGGAGGACGAGUCGCAGAUCUUUGUUAAAUUCUUCAAGUUUCACAAAUGUUACGACCUAAUACCGACCAGCGCCAAACUAGUCGUCUUUGACACUCAUCUACUCGUUAAAAAGGCCUUCUUCGCUCUCGUCUAUAAUGGUGUAAGAGCCGCGCCGUUAUGGGACAGUUCUCGACAACAGUUUAUAGGCAUGUUAACUAUAACGGAUUUCAUAAAAAUACUCCAAAUGUAUUAUACCAGUCCGUCAGUGACAAUGGACGAGUUGGAAGAGCACGAAUUGGAUACAUGGAGAAAAGUUCUAAAAGAUCAAGUUCAUCCUCUUGUGAGCAUAGGACCAGAUGCGUCGCUGUACGAAGCUAUCAGAACCUUGAUACAAAAUAGAAUCCACCGAUUGCCUGUGAUAGACCCCGAUACCGGAAAUGUUCUUUAUAUCUUGACACAUAAACGAAUACUUAGGUUUCUUUUCCUAUAUAUCAACGAGUUACCAAAACCAUCUUUCACCAAUAAAACGUUGAGGGAGUUGAGGAUAGGCACUUUUGAAAAUAUAGAAACAGCUACGGAAGAGACUAGUAUAAUUUUAGCUUUGAAAAAAUUUGUAGAAAGGAGAGUUUCGGCAUUACCAAUUGUCGAUUCUGAAGGAAAAUUAGUGAACAUUUAUUCAAAGUUUGAUGUUAUUAACUUGGCUGCGGAAAAGACAUACAAUAAUUUAGACGUUUCUCUGCGCGAAGCAAACGAACAUCGCAAUGAAUGGUUUGAAGGUGUCCAAAGUUGCAAAUUAAAUGAAACAUUGUUUACUAUAAUGGAAAGGAUUGUUAGAGCGGAAGUUCAUAGAUUAGUAGUGAUCGACGAUGACGAUAAAGUGAUUGGUAUAAUAUCUCUCUCUGACCUGCUCUUCUACCUCGUUCUUAGGCCUUGCGGUGAGGAUGCUAGUAGCAAUAAAGAUAGUUCUAUUUCUUUGCGAGCGCACGAUUCUCUUCUGUCGAAGGCUCUCAGCUCCGCGCAGUCGGAAACAUCGCUUCCCGUCGGCGAAGUCGAGCAGCAGGAUGCCGUCGAGACAGUGGAUCGUAAUCGAUCUGAAGAAGCGCCCGCGACACCUAGUCCACCGCUUAGUCCGGUCACGUCGGAUCUCUCGGAGCCCCAGUCGACAUUAGUGAAUCAAAGUCAAGAUGCAGCGUGGCGGGACGUGAUAAACAUUUGUGUCUCGGGUGUCUCAGGUGGAGAAUGAGAUGUCGUUCUUUUCACGUGCCGCCACGCAUGAUUAAUCUCUGAACUGAAUCACUGUUGUUUUAAGUACAACCGUGGACUGUAAUAACAUAAGGACUGAAUAUUUGUACAUGCAUUGGUACAUGUCCUUUGUUGUUAUCGCUCAUACUCUUUACGAGUAUAUGAGUAAAAGUUGAUUAACGACUCGCGCUAGAAAAGAAAGGAAAGGAAAAAAGAGAGAGGUAUAUGUAUGUGAAAGAUACCAGUUUAAAAAAUUUAAGACGUGGGGCGCAAUAGUCGCAGUAAAAGAAAGAUCGCUGGGCGCAAUGUAUGAUGUAACAAACACGUGAUGAGAUCUAUAAUGUAAAAUUACUUAAGCUUAAUUUUUUAUGGUACAAAUGCUACACAGACAUGCUAUACAUUAGACAUUUGAGCUUUUUGCCAGGGACGAUAGAUAGCUGCGCCAUUAUUUGCUCAGAAUACAAUUCUCUGCGCCCUUCAAUGAUCGAGCACUCAGAGGAACGAUGAAUUUCGAAAAAAAAACGAGUUUUGGAAGAAUGAUGAAAAGUCUUGAAGAUAUCCCAGUUUAAUCAUGAUUAUAUUGUUUAUAUUACACAAUGUGUGUUUAAUUCAUCUUUUGUAUAAUAAUAUAUUACAAAAUAAUAUAAUAAAUGAUCUGUAAAUAUUCUUUUUGAUCGUACGUAAUUGGGAUAUGUCAAGACUAAAAAGAAAUUAACUCUACAGAAAGAAUUCUUUUUGUAAAAAAUGAAUUUGUUAUACGCUGCAAAGUCUUUCAUAUUUUUUUGACUAAUAUAUAUCGUCAAUUUAAUUAUAAAUUUAAAUUUCUUCCUUUGUUAAAACCCAUUUUUCUCUUUUAUCUUAUCAAUGUCUCUUAAAGAUGUUCUAGCAAAUAUCUUUAAUUACUGAUCUUGCAUAUUGAACAGAUCAUUUUAGCAUCAUUGAUAACUUAUUGAGAAAUACAUAUUCUGAUGAUGAUAAAAAAGCUUUAGUCAUCAAUGGUAUGUAUGGUGUGGCAUUAAAGUUUUAUUGCCAUGUAUUUCAAAAUUUUCUUUUUACCUAAAUAAUGAGCAAAACCCUGUUAUUAUAUAAAUGAUUAUUAUCGUGUUAUAUAAAUGAUUAUUAUCGUGAAGAAAAUACAAAUUAUGAUAUAAAAAAUUUUUUUAUCAGACUAUAUAGAUAUAUCUUUUGCAUGAAAUAGUUUUACAAUAGAUUGGGAAAAGCGCUCUUAUAUAGUCGAAGAUGAUAACGAUUCAGAGAGAAAACUUUUAUUUAAAAUUAUGUAAAAUCUUUUACAUGUAAAAUGUAAAUUUUAUACUAUUUGAUGCCAAUCUUAUUCGUUUUCAUAUUUAUAUUAAAAAUGCAAGUUUUGUUAUAAGGAUAGUUACUCGAUUUUGAAGGGGAUAGUGCCUGUAAAUGUAGUAAAUGUAUAUAAAUAUAUCUUUAAAGAGAAAGACACGUGGUCAGACAUGGAAUACAAAUAUAAAUAUUCUAUUUGAGAUGUAAGUGCAGUCGCGGGGAAUACAAGUUAAACAUUAGUAUUAAUUAACAGGAAGCAUAGUUUGAACAAAGAUUUUUGUACAGCUGAAAAGUACUAUUUAAUGUGCUGUAGUCGCGAGCGUUGUUUUAUUUAUUUUGUUUCUUUAGCGCAAUAUGCGUUUGUUGAAACAUCUUGCGAGUUGCCACAUUUUACCAUCUUCUACUUAAAGUUACUAAAAAUUAUGCUGUAAUGUGCAGUGUACACUGCAAACUUGGCUUUGACACAACUUGUUACUUGUUGAGGGCACAGUAGAAAUAGUCGGAGAAAAUAUUUAGCGCUUCUCUUCAUUCUAUAUAAUAUUAGUGAGACGAAUUGAGAAGAAUAAGCGAUUGAACUCGGUACACGCUGAAUCUAAGAACCAAAAUAAGAACUAUUGAUAAAAUAUUAAUGAUAAUUGUACAAUAAAUAAUCAACAAAUAAUGCUUUUAUGCAUUACACAAUUAUAAUUGAA